AAAAAAAGAGUACCCCAUCUCGUCUCCUGUCCUCCUCUCCCCCGUCGUCGCCUCCCAUUUAUCAAACUCAGUAGGUUUCUAGGGUUUCAUCAUCGAUGGCCCCUCGCAAGACCCCUAGGGUUUCAUCCCGCAACCCAAACAUCAUCAGGGGAAUCGGCAAAUUCUCCCGCUCCAAAAUGUACCACAAGAGAGGACUCUGGGCUAUCAAGGCAAAAAAUGGCGGAUCUUUUCCCAAACACGACCCGAAACCCGCACCCGCUAAGGCCGCAGAGAAGCCCCCCAAGUUUUACCCCGCCGACGAUGUUAAGGCUCCCAUUCCCAACCGCCGCAAGCCCAAGCCCACCAAGCUCAGGGCUAGUAUUACUCCGGGGGCCGUGCUGAUUUUGCUUGCGGGAAGGUUCAUGGGGAAAAGGGUUGUGUUUUUGAAGCAGUUGCCAUCUGGGUUGCUUCUUGUUACUGGGCCUUUCAAGGUUAAUGGAGUGCCUCUUCGACGUGUUAACCAGUCCUAUGUGAUUGGAACAUCUACCAAGGUUGAUAUUUCCGGAGUUAAUGUUGACAAGUUUGAUGACGAGUACUUCGCAAAGGAAGGCAAGAAGAAGGUGAAGAAGACUGACGGAGAGUUCUUCGAAGGAGAGAAAGAGGAAAAGAAGGCUCUCCCACAGGAAAAGAAGGACGAUCAGAAAGCUGUGGAUUCACUGUUGUUGAAGGCCAUUGAAGCUGUUCCAGAUCUCAAGUCGUACUUGGGCGCCAGAUUCACAUUGAGCGAGGGCAUGAAACCACAUGAGCUUAAGUUUUAGUUCGGAGGAUGCUCUUGUUUGAGAUCUCUCCUAGGUAUUUUGCAUUUUAAGUUGCUAGCUGUAGCUAGUAUUUAGAGUCAAGGAUGAGAGGCUUACUUUUUUUAUUCUAGGGGAUUCUUGUUGAUUGUUUCGCGUGCAUUUAGUUUUGCACUAGUUCGGUUAACUGGAGUCUAUAUGUACUGUUUUGCUUGCUGCUGGUAUCUUUCAUAUAUAUGACUUUCACUUGGAUCAAUUUUCUAUUGGAGAAUGUCAUUGUAUCCUAAAACGUGGGGCGUCAUUUGUUUUCAGUUGACUGGGGAAUACUGGACUUCA